AUGGAGGGUGAGAGCACGUCGGCGGUGCUCUCCGGUUUUGUGCUCGGCUCUUUGGCCUUCCAGCACCUCAACACCAACUCGGACACGGAAGGUUUUCUCCUUGGUGAAGUGAAAGGUGAAGCCAAGAAUAGCAUUACUGACUCCCAAAUGGAUGAUGUUGAAGUUGUUUAUACAAUUGAUAUUCAGAAGUAUAUUCCAUGCCAUCAGCUUUUUAGGUUUUAUAAUUCUCUAGGUGAAGUAAAUGAGCAAGCACUGAAGAAAAUAUUAUCAAAUGUCAAAAAGAAUGUAGUAGGUUGGUACAAAUUCCGACGUCAUUCAGAUCAGAUUAUGACAUUCAGAGAGAGACUGCUUCACAAAAACUUAAUAAAGCACCUUUCCAAUCCGGAGCUUGUUUUCCUGCUACUAACACCAAGUAUAAUAACAGAAAACUGCUCUACUCAUCGGUUGGAACAUGCCUUACAUAAACCUCAAGAAGGACAUUUUCAUAGAGUACCUUUAGUGGUUGCCAAUCUGGGUAUGUCUGAACAGUUGGGUUACAAAACUACGUCAGGUUCCUGUACGUCCAUGGGUUUCAACCGAGCAGUAAAAGCACACAGCUCUGAUUUUUUUGAAGAAGAUGGAUCUCUAAAGGAGGUACAUAAGAUAAACGAAAUGUAUGCUUCGUUACAAGAGGAAUUAAGGAGUGUAUGUAAAGAAGUAGAAAGCAGUGAGAGAGCAGUAGAGAAACUUAUAAAAGAUGUAAACAGAUUAAAACAAGAAAUCAAAAAAAGAAAACAAGCACAGAUUCAAGUAGCAGGAGAGAGGAAUAACCCAGAAGAACCCCAGGAAAACACUUUUCUUUGUCAGGCUUUAAGGACAUUAUUUCCAGAUUCUGAACUUCUUCAUUCAUGUGUUAUCUCUCUGAAAAACAGACACGUUUCUAAAACUUGCUGUAAUACCAACCACCAUCUUGAAAUGGUUGACAAACUGACCUUAAUGGUAGAAUACACGGAUGAUGUUCACGAAGCCAAUCAAACUUGCACACAGCAUAUAACGAAGCGUAAAGCAUUAGAUGUGGCUGAUGGAUGGAAAUUCAAGAAAUCACGGCUGCUAGAGUUAGAAAAACAACAAUCUAAAACAGAUACAGAUAGUAGUAACCAAGAAAAAGCAUCUACAAUGAGCAGUCCAGAAACAGAUGAAGACCUUGAGAAAAUGAGAGGCUCUGGUGAAUAUCCACAGUCUCCUACAUUUUGA